GGGGUCACGUGGUGCGCAGCGCGCACAGUCCUUCUGUCGGUUGGUCUGGAGCGGCGCAGCAGGAGCGGGGCCGUGAGGAGGAUAAAAGCAGCUCCGUUGAUGACUGAAAAUGACCAAGCACCCACCUAACAGACGAGGAAUCAGCUUUGAAGUGGGAGCCCAGUUGGAAGCUCGGGACCGUUUAAAAAACUGGUAUCCGGCUCAUAUUGAAGACAUUGACUACGAAGAAGGGAGAGUUCUCAUCCAUUUCAAGCGUUGGAACCAUCGUUAUGAUGAGUGGUUUUGCUGGGACAGUCCUUAUCUGCGCCCUUUAGAGAAGAUCCAGCUGAGGAAAGAGGGUUUACACGAUGAGGAUGGAUCUUCUGAAUUUCAAAUAAACCAGCAAGUGCUUGCUUGCUGGUCUGACUGUCGAUUUUAUCCAGCCAGAGUCACUGCUGUGAACAAGGAUGGUACUUACACUGUGAAAUUUUAUGAUGGAGUAGUUCAAACUGUCAAACAUAUUCAUGUCAAAGCUUUUUCCAAAGAUCAGAAUAUUGUGGGUAAUGCUAGGCCUAAAGAAACAGACCACAAAAGUCUUUCAUCGUCUCCUGAGAAACGAGAGAAAUUUAAAGAACAGAGAAAAGUCACGGUCAAUGUGAAGAAAGACAAAGUGGAAAAAGCCUUAAGGACAGAAAAGCGGCCCAAGCAACCUGACAAAGAGGGAAAGCUGAUCUGCUCAGAAAAAGGCAAAGUGUCAGAGAAAAGCCUUCCUAAGAACGAGAAGGAAGAUAAGGAGAACAUUUCCGAGAACGAGCGGGAGUACUCUGGGGAUGCCCAGGUGGAAAAGAAGUCUGAGAAGGACCUUGUGAAGAGUCCACAAGAGAACCUGAAGGAGCCAAAAAGAAAACGAGGCAGACCCCCUUCCAUAACUCCUACGGCUGUGGAUUCAAACUCUCAAACUUUGCAACCAAUAACAUUGGAAUUGAGAAGACGGAAAAUAUCAAAACGAAGUGACACCCCAUUAAAGCGUCCCAGACUCGACAAAAAUUCACCCCAAGAACAGUCAAAAAAACGCUCUGAAAAUAGUGACAAAGACUUAUCCAGGAGACGGUCCUCCAGGCUGUCUACUAAUGGGACCCGUGAGAUCCUAGAUCCUGACUCGAUUGUACCUGAUUUGGUUCAUACGGUUGAUACAAACCCUCUACCGGACAAGUCACCCAGUGCCAAGGGUUCUGCUGAAGGUCAGUUGAAGUCUCCAUUGGAAGCUGGCCAGGUCUCUUCUGCAUUAACUUGCCACCCCAUUGGGGAUGGCCUGGGGGCUGCAGACUUGGAGUUGAAUUGCAAGUCAAUGGGAGAAAACACGAUGAAAACAGAACCUGCUUCUCCUCUUGCUGAGGUGCAGGAAGUUUCAGCUGUUGAAGUUCCAAAUACUUUGCAAAAAGCGGAUGACUCUGUGAUGUUGAAUGUGCCAGCUGUGGACCUAGAUCACAAGUUUCGAUGCAAGGUUCUGGACUGUUUGAAAUUUUUCCGCAAGGCUAAAUUGCUGCACUAUCAUAUGAAGUAUUUCCAUGGGAUGGAGAAGUCACCAGAGCCAGAGGAGGGCCCAGGGAAGACGCAUGUACAGACUCGGGGCUCUGCGGUGCCUGACAAGGCCAGCCAGGAGAGCCUAACCAGGAAGCGGGUCUCUGCCAGUUCCCCCACUGCAAAAGAGAAGGAAAAGACUAAAGAGAAGAAAUUCAAAGAACUUGUGAGAGUGAAGCCAAAGAAGAAAAAGAAAAAGAAAAAGAAAACCAAGCCUGAAUGUCCCUGCAGUGAGGACAUCAGUGAUACUUCCCAGGAACCUUCUCCACCCAAAACAUUUGCUGUCACCAGGUGUGGGUCCUCACACAAGCCUGGGGUCCAUAUGAGCCCGCAGCUCCAUGGUUCAGAUAAUGGAAACCACAAAGGGAAAUUGAAAACCUGUGAGGAGGAUAAUUUGAGUGAGUCCUCUUCCGAGAGCUUUCUUUGGAGUGAUGAGGAAUAUGGUCAAGAUGUUGAUGUGACCACCAACCCAGAUGAGGAGCUUGAGGGCGACGACCGCUAUGAUUUUGAGGUGGUCCGCUGCAUCUGUGAAGUGCAGGAGGAAAAUGACUUCAUGAUUCAGUGUGAAGAGUGCCAGUGCUGGCAGCACGGGGUCUGCAUGGGCUUACUGGAAGAAAAUGUGCCUGAGAAAUACACCUGCUAUGUUUGCCAAGACCCUCCAGGUCAGAGGCCUGGCUUCAAGUACUGGUAUGAUAAGGAGUGGCUGAGCCGGGGACACAUGCAUGGCCUGGCGUUUCUGGAACAGAACUACUCCCACCAGAAUGCCAGGAAGAUCGUGGCCACUCACCAGCUGCUCGGGGACGUGCAGAGAGUGAUCCAAGUGCUACACGGCCUGCAGCUCAAGAUGAGCAUUCUGCAAAGCAGAGAACAUCCUGAUCUGCAGCUAUGGUGCCAGCCCUGGAAACAGCACUCGGGGGAGGGAAGAGCACAUCCCAGACACAUCCACAUCACAGACGCCAGGAGCGAGGAGUCCCCAAGCUAUAGAACUUUGAAUGGGGUGGUGGAGAAGCCAUCGCCCCUGCCCCGAUCGGUGGAGGAGUCCUACAUCACCAGUGAGCAUUGCUACCAGAAACCUCGCGCCUAUUAUCCUGCUGUGGAGCAGAGGCUGGUCGUGGAGACGAGAGGCUCUGCCCUUGAUGCUGCAGUCAGCCCCCUCUGUGAGAACGGCGACGACUCCCUCUCCCCUCGCUUAGGCUGGCCUAUCGACCAAGACAGGAGCAGAGGCGACAUAGAUCCCAAACCCAGCUCCCCAAAGGUGAGAGAGUACAUUUCCAAGAAUGUCUUGCCAGAAGAGACGCCUUCGAGGAAGCUGCUGGACAGAGGUGGAGAAGGGCUGGUGAGCUCUCAGCAUCAGUGGCAGUUCAACCUGCUGACACAUGUGGAGUCCCUGCAGGAUGAGGUGACGCACCGGAUGGACUCCAUUGAGAAGGAGCUGGACGUGCUGGAGAGCUGGCUGGACUACACUGGGGAGCUGGAGCCCCCAGAGCCACUGGCCAGGCUUCCGCAGCUCAAGCACUGCAUCAAGCAGCUGCUGACUGACCUGGGCAAGGUGCAGCAGAUCGCCCUCUGCUGCUCGACAUGAAAUUGGCCACCCAAGACAUUUGGAGCAUAGGCCUGGCACCUCUGCCAGGGGAGCUUCGCAUAUUUAAGUAAAUAAACUUAGCAUGCUGGAUGCACGUGACACUGACUGACUUCAGGGAUUUGGCCAGGAGUGUGAUGGACAUGGGGACAAAGAGACCAUUUUGGCUGCUGGAGGACAGGGCUCUCUUGAUCUGGAAGCCAGCUGCAAAGGCAGCGCAUAGUCUUAGAAUCCCAUUCUGUGCACAUCGUUGAACGCAGCAAGUCUUUGCACAUCUUCAAUUGGAAUCGUGCCACUGAUGAUAAACAAAAUGAGAGCCAAAAAAAUAAAAAUCUAGUAGGAAACAGUUGUAAA